GUCGCAGAUUUUAACAAAAGUGAUGUGCCUCUUAGAGAAUUACAUUUGCGGUCAGUGGGUAAAACUUUCUAUGGAUGAUAGCGAAAAAUUGAUUUCAAGAAAUCACUUUUUUGGAAAGUACAAAAUACCCGGAAUAGUCGGUUGUAUAGAUGGAACACAUAUAAAAAUAAUAAAACCACCUGAUAAUGAGCAUUUAUAUUUUAACAGAAAGGGAUAUUUUAGCAUAAAUGCGAUGAUAAUUUGUGACAACGAUAUGCAAAUACGUGCAGUUGAUGCGCGGUAUCCCGGUUCAAGUCAUGAUGCAUUCAUCUGGGGUAUGAGUCACGCUAAACAAUAUUUCCGUACACAGUAUGAGAGUGGGCAGCGUUCAUUGAGGUUGCUGGGCAAUUGCGGCUACGGAAUUGAACCAUUUCUGUUAACACCUUAUAGAGAUCCACAGUUUAACUCAAUGGAGUAUAAGUUUAACAUAACACAUACGGCUGCACUGAAUAUUGUUGAAAGGACAAUCGGAGUUUUAAAGAGCCCAUUAUCGCCCUGA